AUGGCCUCCCCAGCAAUUGCAACCGCACCAUCAACAGCAUCCCCCACCCCCCAGGAAAUCUCCUUCCCCCUCCCCCAGGCCCUGCACACCACCGCCCACAUCCACCUCACCCGUCUGGCCACCUGCGCCACCGUGUUUCUGGCCUCCUCCUCCACCCCCGGCGAUGCGGCGGGGAGUGGCAGUGGCAGUCUCAAGCCCAUGGGGAGUUUGGUGUAUGCGAUGCCGGAUCUCAAAAACCCAUCCCAACCCCUCUCGACAAUCCUCUAUUCCGCCCCCUCAAGCGUGGAAUACACGACGCGGGUGGCCAAGAUCCUGGCCCGCCGGAUGCGCGUCCCCGUGUACGUGGGCUGCAGCAUCGACCCCGUGGCGCUGGGGCUAAUGGUCGAGGAGGAGAUGGAGGGGGUGAGGCGGGUGGUUGAAGUGGUGAUGGAGCGGUGGGAGAAAUACUAA